AAGAUCCCAUCUCUAUCCAUCCAUGAAUUCAUACAAGAAAACAAAACUUUGAUGAUUUCCAAAGAAUUGAUGACACAAUUUCAGUUGGCUUUUGAUACCAUUCAAACCAAGAUUUUUUACAAAACCUUUUGAAGGUAUAAAUAAAGAGAGCAAAUAUUUGAUACAUUCAGCUAGCAAAUCUUGAAACCAAGUUUAAAGCUGUUAAAGUGACAGAUGAAGCCGACAAGGGUGGGUUCCUUUCUUUCUCUCUCACGAACCCUUUCCUUUCUUGAAAAAUAACUCAAAACCCUAGUAAGCAAUCAAGCUGACAAGUAACAAUGCUGUUAUGUUAAGCUUACUGUCUACAAUAAUACAUACAUUGACUGAUUGAUUCAUACGCUCUUGCUCAUCCUCAUGCCAAUCUAUCAUCGCUCUUUCCUCUCUCGUCGCCAUCUCUCGCCUCUCCUUACCCGAAUUCUCGAUCCUCCUCCUCCUCAACGGAACCACCCAAUCCAAUCCCAUCAUCAUCAUCAUUCCAUUCCACACCAACAACCACACCCACGAUUUCUCAUUUCUCCCUUUUCAUUUUAUUCUUCCAUUAUUUCAUCUUCAUCCAUUUCAUACAAUGCCAAUUACUGCUAUUCUAGUCACCGGAGUUUUAUCACUAGACCUAAGAAAAUUAACAAGAUAGAGGUUGAUGAUCACAGCCAGCGAGCCGUCACCACAGCACUAUGGUGCAACUUUCUAGUAUUUUCACUCAAGUUUGGGGUCUGGCUAUUCACCUCAAGCCAUGUCAUGCUGGCUGAAGUUGUGCAUUCAGUUGCAGAUUUUGCAAAUCAGGCACUUCUUUUAUAUGGUUUGCGCAGUUCCAAGCGCGCUCCAGAUGCUCUUCAUCCGUAUGGUUAUUCAAAGGAAAGAUUUGUAUGGUCUUUAAUAUCUGCUGUUGGAAUCUUUUGUCUUGGUUCUGGUGCCACAAUUGUAAACGGGGUUCAAAAUUUGUGGACUUCACAGCCCCCUGGCAAUAUAAUGUAUGCAGCUUUGGUGAUUGGCGGCUCAUUCAUUAUUGAAGCUUUGGUUCUAGGGGCUUCUCUUGCUGUGGCUGUGCAUGCUGUCAGAAAAGGCGCAGCUGCAGAAGGCAUGAAAGUGAGAGAUUAUGUAUGGCGUGGACAUGAUCCGACAUCUGUUGCCGUCAUGACCGAGGAUGGUGCUGCAGUUACUGGCCUUCUCAUUGCUGCUGGCUCACUAGUUGCUGUAAAUUUGACAGGGAAUCCUAUCUAUGAUCCCAUUGGUUCAAUCAUUGUCGGAAACCUUCUCGGAGUGGUGGCAAUAUUUCUCAUCCAGAGAAAUCGUCAUGCACUUAUUGGUAGAGCUAUUGAUGAUCAUGAUAUGAAAAGGGUUCUUGAAUUUUUGAAGAAUGACCCAGUUGUAGAUUCUGUAUAUGAUUGCAAAAGCGAGGUGAUUGGGCCUGGUUUCUUUAGAUUUAAAGCCGAAAUAGAUUUCAAUGGGGCGAUAUUGGUGCAGAAUUAUCUUAGUAGGACAGGACCUGAAGAAUGGGCUAGGAAGUUUCAGGAUGCUGCAAAAGAGAAGGAUGAAACUGAAAUGUUGAAGGUCAUGUCAUUCUAUGGUGAAGAGGUGGUUACGGCUCUAGGGAGUGAAGUUGAUAGGCUUGAGAAGGAAAUACAAGAAAUCGUUCCUGGCAUCAGGCAUGUUGAUAUUGAGGCUCAUAAUCCGAUUAUCCCACCACCAUGAACAAUGGAUAACAUGCAUUUUUAUGACUGCAAGAAAUUUUAUUAUGGUUAUUAUCAUGUUCAUUUUUGUGUAGAUGUUGAUAGCUGGAUUUUGAUCUUUCUGGUACCAUGGAGUAAUAAGAAACAGAGAGAAGGUUUUGAAAAGAAUCGUUGAUUCCACUUGUUCCA